GUGGAGAGAGAGGGGAGCGCGGUACAGACACCCGAACCAACUCCGCUACAGUGCUCUCGUAUGUGUGGCAUGUGACGGUUAGAGGGCGUCCAGUUACGAGAAGGAACAGGAAAGCAGGUCGUUUGGCUACAAAGAGCUCGACCUGUAGAACGUGCACGCAGAGCUCUCCGGUGGUUCCCCGCCUCCCGUUGUGACCGAGAUGGAGCGGUUGUGCGGACCAAAGCUUCCCUUCUGGGUAUCCAAUCAGACAUUUAAUUCCAGUUGGCCUGACCUCCCAGAGUGUUUUCAGCUCUCUGUUCUCUCAUGGGUGCAGUGCAUCUAUCUGUGGGCCGUCAGCCCAAUCUACAUCUUCUGUCUCAAGAAGAACAAGAAAGGAUACAUCAUGAUGUCACUUUUGAACAGGUUCAAGACGGCAUUUGGCUUUUUGCUGUGGAUUGUGUGCUGGACAGAUCUUUUCUACACAUUGCACGAAGGCAAUCAGCCGCCCAUCUACUAUGUAACCCCACUCGUGCUUGGCAUGACCAUGCUGUUGGCUACAUUUCUGAUCCAGUUUGAGAGGUUACGCGGGGUCCAGUCCUCGGGGGUCCUCUUCAUCUUUUGGUUGCUGUGUUUGCUGUGUGCCACCGUGCCUUUCCGCUCCAAGAUCCUACAGGCUUCCAGCCAGGGCGAAGUCACAGAUAAGCUGCGGUUCACCACUUUCUACUUCUACUUCAGCAUGGUGGUCUGCGAGUUCAUUCUCUGCUGCUUCAACGAGAAACCUCCUCUCUUCUCCAAUGUUGUCACUGACCCUAAUCCUUGCCCUGAAGCUACAGCAGGUUUUCUCUCAAGGAUCACUUUUUGGUGGUUCACAAGUAUGGCUGUAAAGGGCUACAAAAUGCCCCUGGAGGCCAAAGACCUGUGGUCUCUGAACAAGCGCGAUAGCUCCAAAGUCAUGGUGCCCAGGCUCCUUAAUGAGUGGGAGAAGGAGGAGGCCAAGGCAAAGUUAAGUGAAGAGAGUGUGGCUAGCCAGGCUACGUACGCUAAGCCCCCGCCGUCAACCACCAACCACAUCUCAGGAGGAGGAGAAGGCGAAAGCAGCCCAGAGGAAGUAGAGGUGCUGCUGUCCAGUAAGAAAGUCGCGCACCAGCCAUCCUUCCUUCGCGCCCUCGUCAAGGCCUUUGGACCCUACUUUCUGAUUGGCUCAGGCUACAAGCUCCUGCAGGAUAUCAUCACCUUUGUCAACCCACAGCUCCUGAAGAUGCUGAUCUUGUUCAUUAAAGCAAAAGAUGUUCCUAAUUGGUGGGGGUACACGCUGGCCUGCCUUAUGUUCUUCACAGCCCUGCUGCAAACCCUCAUACUCCACCAUCAAUUUCAGUACUGUUUUGUCACUGGCAUGAAUGUGCGCACUGCUGUCAUCGGAGCUAUCUACAGGAAGGCACUAGUGAUAACUAAUGCAGCCAAGCGUUCAUCUACUGUGGGAGAGAUAGUCAACCUGAUGUCUGUGGAUGCGCAGAGGUUCAUGGAUCUGACCACCUUCCUUAACAUGCUGUGGUCUGCCCCUCUUCAGAUUAUGCUGGCACUAUAUUUCCUGUGGCAGAUCCUCGGUCCAUCUGUGCUUGCUGGGGUGGCUGUUAUGAUCAUGCUGAUCCCUUUUAAUGCAUUUAUCGCUAUGAAGACUCGAGCCUAUCAGGUGGAGCAGAUGCAGCACAAAGAUGCUCGUAUCAAGCUGAUGAACGAGAUCCUGAACGGCAUCAAAGUCCUCAAGCUGUACGCGUGGGAGAACUCCUUCAAAGAAAAGGUCCUGGCCAUUCGGCAAAAGGAGCUUAUCGUGCUACGCAAGACGGCCUACCUCGGAGCGCUGUCCACCAUGGCCUGGACCAGUGCGCCUUUCCUGGUUGCCUUGACAACAUUUGCCGUGUAUGUAACUGUGGAUGAAAAAAACAUCCUGGAUGCGGAGACGGCCUUCGUGUCGAUCUCGCUUUUUAACAUCCUUAGGUUUCCCCUCAACAUGCUUCCCCAAGUCAUCAGCAGCCUGGUACAGGCGAGCGUCUCAUUGAAGCGAGUCCAAAAUUUCCUGAGUCAUGAUGAGCUGGAUCCAGAUUCCGUAAACAGAAACAACACAGUCACAGAGUUUGCAGUCACGGUUGUCAAUGGGAAAUUCACGUGGGGCAAAGACGACGCUCCCGUUCUACACAAUAUUAACGUGAUGGUGCCCCAGGGCUCCCUGCUGGCUGUGGUGGGCCAUGUUGGCUGUGGGAAGUCUUCCCUGAUCUCAGCAUUACUGGGUGACAUGGAAAAAGUGGAGGGAGAGGUUUCUGUUCGGGUAGGAAUUCCCCUAGUGUUUUUUGAAUAACAGCAGGUGGUUUUGACUAGAGAUGGCACGAUACCACUUUUUUAUGUCCGAUACCGAUACCGAUAUCAUAAAUUUGGAU